AUAAACAAAACUAAAAUGAAAAUCGUUGCUACGUUAUUAAUUUUGGUUAUUCUCGCAACUGCAAAAGGCGACCAAUCAAACGGCAGUGAGAAAUGCACGAAUGCCUGCCCGAGAAUAUUCAGUCCUGUUUGUGCCGUUUCCGGUGGCGCAGUCGAUGAUAAGGAAGGUGGUGGUGACGGCGCCCUUGUCUAUCGUUACUUCCAUAAUGAUUGCAUUCGCCGUUAUGCGAGUUGUAGUACGGGCACAGUUUGGCGCAUUACAUCGAUGUCACUUUGUCUCCAGCACGUUGAUCCUUUGGUGCGUGAGCAAUGCCUGCGUCCUUGCCCCUUUAUUUACGAACCCAUUUGUGCAACCAAUGGCGAAGUGAAGGAGAUUUUCGGCAAUAGCUGCGUACUGGAAGUUGAGAACUGCCUGUCGAUUGAGACAUGGACUUUAACAGAUGACAGCGACUGCGGUUUGUGAAUUUCCUAACAAAAAAGUUCAAUGUAAUAUACUUUACUUCAGAAACUAAAGCGAGGACAGCACAAAUUUGAAUUUUCUAUUAUAAACUGAUUGUGAAUUUCAGAGAAAAGUAUUAAAGAUACUUUUUUUUUUAAA